GACACUGACAGUCUUCGUGCGUUUGCAGUUGUCUUCCACUUUUUCUCCCCCCUCUCCCUCCCUCCCAGUGAAGCCGAGUAUUGAUUUUUAAGGUACCAAAGUAAACAUUUCAGCGGGUAACGUCAUCGAGGGUUAAAUGGGGGAACGCGAGGACGCGUGUCACCAAUUAAAGAUUUGACAUCUUGCAGUCAACCCAGAGGGGGAGAAAGUGUACAUCCCAGGCCACUAAGUAGUUUCAGGAUGGCUAACGACAGGGACGCCAACGAGAGCACCCCACUUUUGGACUCGGGACCUGUAAACAGACCUGUGCAGUCUGUGUUCCACGGGAGAAGACUGGCCUGUGCAGCCAUCCUGCUGGCUGAAUCACUAGAGAGGAUUGCGUUCUAUGGCGUCACCUCCAACUUGGUUCUUUUCCUCAACAGCAGCCCCUUUUAUUGGGAGGGUACUCAAGCAAGCCAGGCGCCACUGAUGUUCAUGGGAAUCACUUACUUGAUUUCACCAUUUGGUGGCUGGUUGGCAGAUGCAUACCUGGGGAAGUUCUGGACAAUUGCUGGUAGUCUGAUCCUUUAUUUCACUGGCAUGCUUCUUUUCCCAUUCAUUUCAAACGAAGACACCAGGACGAGGCUUUGCGGUGAAGAGAUGGCGUUUCCAGUGCAACCUGCUGAAUGUCUGAAUACAGACGGUACCAUUCCAGGCAACAUAACUUGCCCCACUCGCAAACGCUAUUGUGGGGCAGUGGUCUACAGCGGACUUUUCCUAAUUGCAUUAGGUGUGGGUACUGUGAAGUCCAACAUAACUCCAUUUGGUGCAGAUCAGGUUAAAGACAGAGGUCCAGAGGCCACUCGUCGAUUCUUCAACUGGUUCUACUGGUGCAUCAAUUUAGGAGCCAUCUUGUCACUGGGAGGUGUGGCCUACAUCCAGCAGAACUUCAGCUUUGAGCUGGGCUACAUCAUUCCAGCCGUGUGCCUGGGGGUCUCCUUCCUAGUGUUCCUGCUGGGUCGCACCGUCUUCAUCACCAAGCCUGCAGACGGCAGCGCCUUUACAGACAUGUUCAAGAUCCUGGGCUUUGCUUGCUGCUCUUCGCAGAUAUCCAAGGCACCCAACCUGCUCCGCCCUAAACCGACGUUGCUGGAUGGUGCCAAAGUGACCUAUGGAGGGAAGUUCACAGAGGAGAAAGUAGAGGAGGUGAAAGCUCUGGUAAAAAUUCUGCCAGUGUUCUUUGCCCUGAUCCCAUACUGGACCGUGUACUUCCAGAUGCAGACCACGUAUAUCCUACAGACACUCCACUUGAGGAUUCCUGACACCGGCUCCAAUAGAAACAGCACAUCAGACUCUAACCGGAUGACGUUCCGCUUUCCUGUGGCCUGGCUGACGAUGUUCGACGCGGUGCUUAUCCUCAUGCUGAUCCCCCUUAAGGACAAAGUGGUGGACCCCAUCCUGAAACGGCGGGGCCUCUUGCCCUCCUCUCUGAAGAGGAUUGCGGUGGGGAUGUUCUUUGUCAUGUGGUCGGCUGUGGCAGCGGGUAUACUGGAGACCAAACGACUGGAUAUUGUCAAAUCAAAUCACACCAUUGACCAGGUGCUGGGGAACGUUACCUACUACGCUGCAGAUUUACCCAUAUGGUGGCAAGUGCCUCAGUAUGUGCUGAUCGGAAUCAGCGAGAUCUUUGCCAGCAUUGCAGGUCUGGAGUUUGCAUACUCAGCAGCACCUAAAUCCAUGCAGAGCGCCAUCAUGGGAUUGUUCUUCUUCUUCUCUGGGAUUGGCUCCUUCGUGGGCUCUGGCUUACUUGCUAUCGUGUCCCUCAAGGCGAUCGGUUGGAUGUCCUCCCAUAAAGACUUUGGUAACAUCAACGACUGCUCUCUGCACUACUACUUCUUCCUGCUGGCGGGGAUCCAGGGCAUCACCCUGCUGGUCUUCCUCAUCAUCUCCGUCAAAUACGAGAAGCAGAGGGGCAGAGCGGGCAGUCACAGGCAGAGUGCGCCCACCUCUUGACCCCAGGUUUGACUCUCGGGACACAAACCCGUGUCCCCCCCCCUCCCUCCCCCCCCUUUACCACAUCUGCCUUAUCCUUUCACAUUACUCCACGCCAGCGGGACUUGCCGAUACUCAAUAAUCCAGUAUUCACAUUUUGGGAGUUAAAACGGUUACACUCUCCGAGGAAGUAACUAACGAUGAUCGUUGUUGUAAUAGAGAUUUAUUGUUUUCUAAAUUUAUUUAGUCUUUUAAAAAUAGGGACUGCCCACUCUUGUUUUACGACGAUAAUGGUUUUACAUCGCCGGGCGGACGUGCGGGCACCGC